AUGGAGAUGAUUCUGCAAUGGUUGGAACUGCCGCCGGAGCUCUUGGGCUCCAUAUUCAGCCGCCUUCCAACCGCUGACGAUUGUGCCUGCGCUCGCACAGUCUGCCGGUCAUGGCGCUCGGCUAUGCGCCACCACACUUCCCCGGCGCGACAGCUACCGCCGUGGGUAGUCCUGCAGGACGGGAGCUUCAUGACUUCACCGCAAGGUUCCUCGCACUAUCGUUCCCACACCUUCCCCGACGAUGCGAGGUGUGUUGGCUCCACCGACGGCUGGCUCGCCCUCGACUGCGUGGACGGUGAGAAAAGGCAUAGCUACUUGUUGCACAAUCCUUUCUCUAACACCACCGUGCCACUCCCUGAGUUGGAAGCUAUCAUCGGCGUUGUUCCGGAGUCUUUCAUGAUACGCAAGGUGCUCAUGCGGUCGCCCCCUGACGACAUUGUCGUCCUCAUGCCCAACAACAGGAAUCACCUGAUCAUCUUGGUUCGCCCCGGGAAGGGUGUGUGGCUACCCAAACCGCACACAGCUCCCUUCACCUACAUUGUUGAUGUUGCCUUCCUCGGAGAUAUACUCUAUGGGAUCACUGAGGCGGAGGACCUCUUCUCCUUCGAUAUCACCUUUUAUGGUGAUGGCAUACCUGUGGUUGCUAGUAUUCAUCAUGUCAUCAUCAAGGGCUCGGCGGCUGACGAUAAUACCUAUGAGUGGAGCAAUGACGACAAGGAUGAGAAUGACAAUAAUGAGAUCGAGAGCAGUGACAAGGACAAGGAUGAUAGCGACAGUGAUGACGUUGAGGGCCACUACGAGGACGAGGAUGCGAGAGACAGUGAGGACGCCGAGAUCAAUGACGGUGAGGAGGUGGACAUGGACCAAAUUUUUGAUGGCAUCGUCUAUGGAGAAGAUGAAAUCAACACCAUCUGGUACUUCGUCGAAUCGCGUGGAAAGUUGCUCAUGGUGAGACGACAGAUGCAAUGCCCUCCCUACCAUCACAACUACACCCGAAAGGUGGAGGUUUUCCAGGCAGACGUCAUCUCAGGUAUGUGGAUGCCGGUGUUAGACGGGCUAGACGGUCAGGCAAUUUUCAUCAGCAAACCCUUCUGCAAAUCCAUUGCGGCAUGCAAAGAGAUAGAUGAGGAUACUAUCCACUUUAUCGACACCCGCGAUACAUUCAACAUGAGAUCCCAGAUCAUUAGUGUGCCGCAAGACGACCAAGAUUACUAUAUGAUAGUGUGGCGCUUCUCUGACUUGGAGGGGCCAACAUGGAUAUUUCUGCCGGAACUAGUGGUUUGA